AUGGUGGGCCUGUAUAACCUUGGGAUGGGUGACCGCUUCACAUUACAAAAUUGGUGGCAGGGUAGUGACUCUCAUGUCUGGCGGCCUGCUUCUGGGCUAGAGCUAGGAAUUUGUGUCCAUGUACAGACUUGGUGCCACCCCACUCCCAAUCCAAACCACCUCAAGUUCACCCCACUCCCAGUACAACCCAUCUUAAGUCCACACCCACUCCUAACACAACCCACCUCAAGUCCACCCCACUUCCAACACAACCCACCAAAAGUCCACCCCACUCCCAACACAACCCACCUCAAGUCCACCCCCUCUCCCAACACUACCCAACUCAAGUCCACCCCACUCCCAACACAACUCAACCAACCUCAAGUCCACAGCCACUCCCAACCCAACCCACCUCAUGUCCACCCCACUCCCAACACAACCCACCUCAAGUCCAACCCCACUCCCAACACAAUCCACCUCAAGUCCACCCCACUCCCAACACUACCCACCUCAAGUCCACACCCACUCCCAACACAACCCAUCUCAAGUCUACCUCACUCCCAACACAACCCACCUCAAGUCUAUCCCCACUCUCAACACAACCAACCGCAAGUCCACCCCACUCCCAACACAACCCAUCUCAAGUCCACCCCACUCCCAACCCAACCCAUCUCAAGUCCACCCCACUCCCAACACAACCCAUCUCAAGUCCACCCUACUCCCAACCCAACCCAUCUCAAGUCCACCCCACUCCCAACACAACCCAUCUCAAGUCCACCCCCACUCCCAACCCAACUCAACCAACCUCAGGUCCACCCCACUCCCAACACAGCCCAUCUCAAGUCCACCCCACUCCCAACCCAACCCACCUCAAGUCCACCCCACUCCCAACACAAGCCACCUCAAGUCCACCCCACUCCCAACAAAACCCACCUCAAGUCCAUCCCCACUCCCAACACAACCCAACUCAAGUCCAACCCCACUCCCAACACAACCCACCUCAAGUCCACACCCACUCCCAACACAACCCACCUUAAGUCCACCCCCACUCCAAACACAAUCCGCCUCAAGUCCACCCCACUCCCAACACAACCCAUCUCAAGUCCACAACACUCCCAACACAACCCACCUCAAGUCCACACCCUCCACCCCCACUCCAAACACAAUCCGCCUCAAGUCCACCCCACUCCCAACACAACCCAUCUCAAGUCCACAACACUCCCAACACAACCCACCUCAAGUCCACACCCACUCCCAACACAACCCAUCUCAAGUCCACUCCCACUCCUAACACAACCUAUCUCAAGUCCACCCCACUCCCAACACAACCCAUCUCAAGUCCACCCCACUCCCAACACAACCCACCUCAAGUCCAACCCCACUCCCAACACAACCCACCUCAAGUCCACACCCACUCCCAACACAACCCACCUCAAGUCCAACCACACUCCCAACACAACCCAUCUCAAGUCCACCCCCACUCCCAACACAACCCACCUCAAGUCCACACCCACUCCCAACACAACCCACCUCAAGUCCAACCACACUCCCAACACAACCCAUCUCAAGUCCACCCCCACUCCCAACACAACCCACCUCAAGUCCACACCCACUCCCAACACAACCACCUCAAGUCCACACCCACUCCCAACACAACCCACCUCAAGUCCAACCACACUCCCAACACAUAUAUAUGAUUCAUGA